AUGCUCAACGCGACGGGCCACCAGUUCGUGUUCCUCGACGUCCAGUUCAACGCGAACACGCAGAACAACAAGCCGCGGAAGGUCGUCCUCGAGCUCUACAACCAGCUCUGCCCGAAGACGUGCUUCAACUUCCGCGCGCUCACGACGGGCGAGCUCGGCAAGCGCGAGGCGGAGUGCCACGGCGAGAAGAAGGAGCUCCUCCUCCACUACCGCGGCGCGCCCUUCCACCGCGUCGUCCCCGGGGGCUGGGUCCAGUCGGGCGACAUCUUCGACGGCAGCGGCGGCUCCGCGAAGAUCGUCGAGGACGCCGCGGACGAGAACUUCGCCGUCAAGUUCGACGCGCCGGGCGUGCUGGCCAUGGCGAACGACGGCGCCCACACGAACAACACGCAGUUCUUCAUCACGCUCAACGCGCUCGACUGGCUCGACAAGACCGCGGUCGCCUUCGGCCGCGUCGUCAAGGGCAUGGCCACGAUCCGCCAGAUCGGCGCGCUCCCGACGAAGAACGAGCGGCCCGUCGACGACUGCAAGAUCCACAACUGCGGCAUCAUCAAUCUCAAGGACGGCUUCGGGCUGGGCUAG